AUGGAUCCAGUGCAAAAAAAGUAUAAAAAAGCUUUGAAGGUGUCCGAAAUCGUAGACUAUCUUCAAGAUAUUGAAGAUUCUAUUGAUGAGGAGUUGAAUGACAUUGAAAUUGCCAUAUUGCCGGAUGAGAUUGAUAAUACCGACAAAGCUUUCAAAAUUUGCCCACUUAUUGAAAAAGCUAAUGAAUCAUUCCGAAAGUUUGGUAUAUUUGAAUCCAAUUUAGCUAUUGAUGAAAUGAUCGUCAAAUACUUCGGUCACCAUGGAAUCAAACAUUUUAUAAAAGGUAAACCAGUAAGGUUCGGAUAUAAGCUUUGGGCACUGUGUGGAGUCAGCGGAUAUUGA